CCCAGCUUGGCUGAGCAAGUCAACAGUAGUGUAAGUUCGGUGUGGGAGAGCAUCAGAGGGCGAGGUGGACAAACACCUGCAGAAACGCAUUUUAAAGUUGGCGGUGAGGUGCGCACGGCGGCCAUCACGUGACAUUCCCUGGCUUAUAUAUAGCCGAGACGGCGCGGCGUCUGCCUCUUUUCCACUCAGCUGCCACAUAAGAAGCACGAUAUGCCCGAGUCCGCUGCGUACACGAAUGGCUACGCCUCCACUAGCACGGGGGCCGAGUGCGAGGACCAGGAGACUUUCCUCUUUACCAGUGAGAGUGUGGGUGAGGGUCAUCCAGAUAAAAUCUGCGAUCAAGUCAGCGAUGCAGUGCUUGAUGCCCACCUUAGCCAAGACCCUGAUGCCAAAGUUGCUUGUGAAACCUGCACUAAGACUGGCAUGAUCUUAAUUUGUGGAGAGAUUACUUCUAAGGCACAGGUGGACUAUCAAAAAAUUGUUCGUGAAACAGUAAAGAAAAUUGGUUAUGAUGAUUCUGGCAAGGGCUUCGACUUCAUGACGUGUAAUCUCCUUGUUGCUAUUGAGCAGCAGUCUCCAAAUAUUGCUGAUGGUGUUCAUAUAAACAGAGCUGAAGAAGAUGUUGGAGCAGGUGACCAGGGUUUGAUGUUUGGCUAUGCCACUGACGAGACUGAUGUAUGUAUGCCAUUAACUGUUGUGCUGGCACACCGUCUGAAUCAAAAAAUUGCAGAAUUACGAAGAGAUGCUUUCUGGUGGGCACGACCUGACAGUAAGACUCAAGUCACUUGCGAGUACACAUUUGAUCAAGGAGCUGCCAUUCCACAAAGAGUGCACACAAUUGUUGCUUCUGUGCAACAUUCAGAUAAGAUUUCUGUGGAGGCUUUGCGUGAGGAAAUAAUGGAGAAGGCCAUAAAGGCAGUUAUUCCUGAAAAAUAUCUUGAUACUAAAACCAAGUAUCACAUUAACCCAUGUGGAGAAUUCAUUAUGGGUGGGCCCCAAGGUGAUGCUGGGCUUACUGGUAGGAAAAUUAUUGUCGAUACAUAUGGUGGCUGGGGAGCUCAUGGAGGUGGAGCAUUCUCUGGCAAAGACUAUACAAAAGUGGACCGCUCUGCCGCUUAUGCUGCUCGUUGGGUUGCCAAGUCAUUGGUGAAGAAUGAAAUAUGCAGACGCUGUUUAGUGCAGGUAUCUUAUGCCAUUGGUGUUGCUGAGCCAGUAAGCAUCAGUAUCUUUCAUUAUGGAACUUCUCAGUACACAUCACAGCAGCUACUGAAAAUUGUUAACCACAACUUUGAUCUACGACCAGGACGUAUUGUUAAGGAACUUGGACUGAAGAGGCCCAUCUAUAGUGAAACAUCCUGUUAUGGACAUUUUGGUAGGGAACAAUUUCCCUGGGAGCAGGUCAAGAAAUUGACCAUUCCAAAGCUUUAGAUUUGUUAGGUGUCCCAAAAUUCAUACUUAGUGGGACCCAGUUAGCCAGUUCUGCCAAGUGCAUGGCUUAACUUGACAGAAUUGGCUAACCUACCGUAAAUUAAGAGACAUGUCAGUCUGCUGGUAUUUAAUCCUUUCACUUGCAUUAAUUUCUGAUUGCACUCGUGUUGUCAAGCAGGCACUCGGGCUUGUGUGUGCUUGUGCAUCCUGGUGACUAAUUUUGGUGCUGGAUCAGGGGUGCCUAGUGCGACACCUGUCCUGUACCAGCCCUGACCAUGAGGACCCCUGUGAGGCGACCACAGUUUUAGGUUGGUGCAGACGAUGGCUCUGAGCUAUGCUAUACCCCUUGUCUGUACUAGACUUGAAGCUGCAAAUGUGUAGGAAGAGCAAGGUUUCCUCUAGAGUUUUUUAUAUAAGAUCUACGCAUUUGUGUUGUGUUUACGAAAAUUCUAAUGGAAAAGAGCAUUUCCUUAAACACUCCGGCCGCCUUCCUGGGAGUUUGAUGAUUAAACAACUGCCACAUUCCUCAUGCGUUGGGAAUUUUUAGAUUUUUUUUUCUUUCUAAUUUUUAUCAGAUUGUUUAUAAGAUAUGUAUGAUGUACAUUGUAUUUAUUGAUCAUGCUAGUGUAUACAACAUAAAUUGUAUCAUGGCAAAUAAAAGUGAGUUAAUGUGA